AUGGCCUUCGAAUAUGCCGCAUUGAACAACCGCAAAAAAGUGACAGCUAUUCACAAGGCGAACAUCCAGAAACUGGGAGACGGCCUCUUUUUGCAGGUUGUGAAGGAGAUGGCCAAAUCGGACUAUCCACAAAUCGAGUUCGACUCAAUGAUCGUCGAUAAUGCCUGCAUGCAACUCGUCUCCCGACCACAACAGUUCGAUGUUAUGCUGAUGCCGAACCUUUACGGAAAUAUCAUUUCGAACAUCGCUUGCGGACUUGUCGGAGGUCCCGGCUUGGUCUCUGGGAUGAACAUCGGUGAAGAGUAUGCCGUUUUUGAAACGGUACGUUAG